AUGGACUGGUUAAAAGUAAGUCUGAUUAUUGAAGAGACCAAGUUGUUCUCGGCACUAGAACAACUGGUCGGCGGCGUCGCGUAUCCGUCCAGUGGUAACGACGUCGCCCCAUCAUUCUCAUCAUCCAAUCAAUAUGCCACGUGUCAACAACAGACGGAGGCCUAUCCGGCCGCCGACGACGAUUAUCAAGACCAAGAUGAUCAACUUUCAGAUGGCAUGAGCAUGAGGUUGCUCUGUAUUACCAGUGAGUUCCUCCCCAUGUUAACGUUGAUUGUUUCAGUUAAAAAGGCACGACUGCAGGGAACUGUUGACGAAUUCAACUCGUACGUCACUGUGAAACUGCAGAAUGUGAAAUCGACGACAGUGGCUGUUCGGGGAAAUCUACCGUGUUGGGAACAGGAAUUUAUUUUUGAAACGAAUCGACCCGACGACGGAAUGGUGCUCGAGUUGUGGGCAAAAGGAGUUUUAUGGGACAAAUUGAUAGGUGUUCAUUAUAUGCCACUAUCCGAUGUCAAGUACAGCAACGCCGCCGGUUCGGGUCAGUGGCUUCAAAUGGAUCAUGAAUUAGAAACAAGGAAUGGUCAAACUGUGGGAACGAGAGGUCCAACUGGUCACAACUUACUGGCAGAUGUAAGAUUCGAAUUGCCUUUUGAUGCGCAAGGCUGCGACGACGACAUCCAGUCGAAGCUGCUAGCGCUGAACGGACUCAUCGAACACGACCAGCUGAAUCCCAACCAUCACCGAGCACCGUUCAAUCAUUCGGGUUUGAGUGAAGACAGUGAUUAUACCUCCGACGUGUCCGUUCCAGUCAACCAUCAUCAGCUUCAUCCGAAUAGCUCCGCGCAUCAAUACGAAUCGCAUCUACAUCCGCAUCGCAGUCGACAACAGCUGCUGCAGCAUACUCGUGAAGGCGCAGCGAGUUAUGAGGACGAAGAAGACGCCUAUCACGCUAGAAAUCAACUUGAAACCGACGUCUAUCCUGACGACCAUCACCUCCUCCACGACGAUCAGUACGUACAUCCCCAUCACUCAUCAUCGUUCUACGACGAAUACGGUCCCAGUGGCAGCAAUCAGUAUCCGGGAUACGAUCAAAAGAGCUACGAGGACACGGUGACGCCGGUUCGCGAGUUUGGCGACUUGUCGGCCGUUCCGACGGCACAGCAGAAGUCUUCGUCGGCAAACCGAAGGAACCAGUUCGAUCAGGUUUACGGGUACGCGUCGAGCAGUGAGGAGAGAUAUGACACACCGAUGUCGAGCGGUCGAGUGCCCAGAGAUGAGCCAAUUCUGGAGCAUAACGAGCCGGAGUACGUGUACGAUCACAAUGGGUACGGGGAUGAUGAGAACUAUGGCAUCAAUCCGACUUAUUCGGAAGAUCAGUACGAUGAUCAUGGAGGACCAAACGACUAUUCAACACAUCAACAACAAUCAAGUGAUUUUAGGAAUGAUUAUAGUUCUUCUAAUUAUCAAGGAGAGUACUGGAACGAAUCCGAACCGCUCUCAUACAACAGUCGACCACCGAACGGACAUGUUAGAACUGGCACAUCGGGUUGGCGAGAACCCGGAACAUCAUCCUCCAGACCAACGUCAUCAAACGCAUGGAACUAUCAUGAUGACACUCACCAAUACGACGAAGUCGAUCGUGGAUCCCGUCACUCGUUCACUCGAACACCAUCAGUAGAUAGGCAGGAUAGACGAAGCGAUAGUGGGCGUGGCUACUAUGACGAUGAGGAUGGGCGCAGACCAGACUCUCACCACAAUUGGAGGUAUGAUUCGAUUCAGGAGGAAGAUGCGGAGAAAGACAACUGGAAACAGCAUGUGGAAGGAUAUCAGGAAGGGCAGGAAGGGGAUUCCAAAGAUGGCGCCGCUCGUCCCUCUCCUUCGAAACAAUCAUCUCCAGAUGGAUACCCGCCAGGAAGCAAGAAAGAGAUUCAUUUUGAAGAGCCCCCAUCACUCGUCCGUCAAACAAUUCACGAAGAAGAGGAGAAACGGAAUUAUCAAGAGCUCUGGCACAAUGCGUACAAGAGAGUUUGCGCCGAUUUGGGAAUCAAGCUGGCGCCGGCUGGGGGCCACGGUGCCAAUGCCACACCACCCUUACCACCACCAAUGGGCACCCCAAGAAUCUAUUCCAACAGCAUCAACAACAAUGUGUCAAAAACGACGGACUCGUUUCUCUCCAACUGUACACCACCACCAUCUAACGAUGCCAUGACCACGGAUCCCUCUCGGACACCAUCCACGUCAUCAAUGGUUCCGCCGAGUCUAGUGGUUCCUAGCUCACCGGGCAUUUAUCAGUACAACGAUAGCCCACCAUCCCCCGUGUCACCGAAUCCUCCUAUCAAACGAAGUGCGUAUAGGAUCCAAGAAACGUAUGAAGACAGAAAUGGAGGAAGGGAGAGGAUCUAUACAACUAGUUUGGCAAGGGUGUACCUGGAAAAAGUGAUGCCACCACCAGAAGAGCCAAAGGAUUGGAAAACGAAGGCAAAGACAAAACCAGCUAGGGCGUCUCCAGAGCCAGAUUUUCAAGAAUCCAACAUCUUCUUUGGAAAGGAAUUCCCAUCGACCAGUGCCGGACCUCCCCAAGUACACAAAUCAAUCUCCUAUGCGGCUUCAAACGAUGUUAUCCAGUUAAACAAGAAACGUACGAGUAUCACAACUUCUAAAACGACAUCAUCCGGUAUUAAUCGACGAGUAGAGACUUCACUUCCACCGAGACCCCCAACGUCUUCCUCUUCUGACCCAAUGAGACAACUUUUAACAUUUUCAAAGUCCUUCAAAAAAGUGCGACGCGCUCGCUCAGCAGUGCCACGGCGAAGGAAAAGGAAGCGGGUGAAAAUAAAGAGGUCUAGAAGUUGUCCGAAUUUAUGGAAAUGUGAGAGGGUACCAGUACAAAUGCGAAGUAAAAGUUUGACGUUUCUACGGGUUCCCAAGAAAUUGGUGCCUCAGAAACCUGUGAAAUCAGUGCGAGUGAAGAUACCAGCGGCACGAUGUGAAUCGGAUUCCAAAGCGGCGCAUAACAAGAAGAAACAAUUGUUGGAUGUUUAUAAAGAUCGAGGAAAGAAGAGCACAGUACUCGACGGCGACGGAUGCUCCGCCGCGAACGCCUUCUACAAGUCCAUCGAUGCGGCUCCCAACAUGAAUGUGGCACGCAACAAAACCAGUAUCCCACUGGUUUCCGAACUCACGAUGGCCACAAAACGAGCCCAAGCUGGAUUGGCGAAUGCAGCUAAAACAACGUUCGCGGACACGGAAUUGGUAAGAGCUGGGGACAAAAUUUGGAAAUUUGGGUUCAAUUUUUUAGGAAAUCCCACGUGUACAAGAAGACCCUUCAAGCGCUUAUCUACCCCAUAUCGGCGACGACCCCCCAUAACUUUGCAACUACCACAUUCCAGACCCCCACAUUCUGUUACGAAUGUGAGGGACUGCUGUGGGGAUUGGCACGUCAGGGGUGAAAGUUCACGAAAGUGUCGAGAACUUUUGAGUGCCGACUGUCUGCAGAGAGCCGCCGAGAAGUCGUCGAAGCACGGUGAAGCGGACCGAACGCAGUCUUUGGUAAACGUUAUCAGGGAUCGGAUGAUAAUCCAGGAACAGAAUAAGCCAGAGAUUUUCGCCAUGAUUCGCAACAUCUUCGAUGUGGAGGAGAAUAUGCAGAAGCAGACGUUGAAGAGUGUCAAGGAGUCGAUUUUGGAGGGAAGCAGCAAGUGGAGUGCGAAGAUUACGUUGACCGUGCUCUGCGCUCAAGGGCUCAUCGCCAAGGACAAAACCGGCAAAAGUGAUCCGUACGUGACGGCACAAGUGGGCAAAACGAAACGACGCACACGAACCAUCCAUCAAGAGUUGAAUCCGGUCUGGAACGAGAAGUUUCACUUUGAAUGUCACAACUCGACGGACCGCAUCAAAGUUCGUGUGUGGGAUGAGGAUAACGAUUUGAAAUCGAAACUCCGUCAGAAAUUAACCAGGGAAUCUGACGACUUCUUGGGACAAACUGUAAUUGAGGUCAGAACGUUGUCCGGAGAAAUGGAUGUGUGGUAUAACCUCGAGAAGCGUACCGACAAAUCAGCGGUUUCCGGUGCUAUUCGUCUUCACAUUAGCGUUGAGAUCAAGGGAGAGGAGAAAGUGGCACCGUAUCAUGUACAGUAUACCUGUCUGCAUGAACAUCUGUUCGCGGCACACUGUGUUGAUGAUGAGGUCAAAUUGCCGAAAGUCAAGGGGGAGGACAGUUGGAAGGUGUGCUUCCAGGAAACUGGACAAGAGAUUGCUGAUGAGUUUUCGAUGCGAUAUGGUAUUGAGAGUAUCUAUCAGGCGAUGACCCAUUUCGCGUGCCUUUGUACCAAGUACAUGUGCUCAGGUGUACCAGCCGUUUUGUCAACACUUCUUGCCAAUAUAAAUGCCUAUUACGCCCAUACGACUGCCACGUCGGCAGUCUCGGCUCCUGACCGAUUUGCCGCUUCGAAUUUCGGAAAAGAGCGAUUUGUGAAGCUGUUGGACCAACUGCACAACAGCUUGAGAAUCGAUUUAGGAGCUUAUAGGAAUCAUUUCCCGUCGUCGUCGCCCGCCAAACUACAGGAUCUCAAAUCCACCGUAGACCUGUUGACAUCGAUUACGUUCUUUCGUAUGAAAGUUCUCGAACUAGUGAGCCCACCGCGAGCCUGCACUGUGGUUAGCGAAUGCGCGAAAGCCUGCAUGCAGCAAACAUAUCAAAUGAUGUUCGUCGCAUGCGAAGAGCAGUUCGCAAUCAACGACACAUCGGUCACAUUCUGGUACGAAUUCAUCGACUAUAUCAUGCGAGUCAUUGAAGAGGAUCAAAAGAGCUAUGCGCCGACACUGAAUCAGUUUCCACAGGAUCUUAACGUCGGAAACUUGUCUGCGGAUACCCUAUGGACGCUGUACAAGACGGAUCUGAAGGUGGCACUUGAGGAGCAUGCGGAGAAGAAGAAAUGCAAAACUCCGGAAUACAUGAAUUUGUAUUUCAAGGUUAAAGGAUUCUACUUCAAGUAUAUCAGUGAGCUGAGCAACUACAAAAAUGGUAUUCCGGAGUUUCCGGCGUGGUUCAUUCCAUUUGUUAUGGAUUGGCUCAAUGAAAAUGACGAGCACUCGAUGGACAUUUUGAGAAAUGCAUAUAAUGUCGACAAGGCGGACAAUUUCCCACAAACAUCAGAGCACACGAAAUUCUCCAACAGUGUCGUUGACGUCUUCACACAACUGAACGCUGCUCUGAAGCUGCUCAAACAGAUGGACUGUCCUAAUCCAGAAGUGUCGGCGGACAUGAUGAAGCGAUUCAGUAAAACUCUCAAUAAAGUGCUCCUCGCGUACGCCGAUAUGGUACAAAAAGACUUCCCCAAGUUUGCGCAUGACGAGAAGUUGGCGUGUAUUCUGAUGAACAAUGUUCAGCAGUUACGUGUUCAACUUGAGAAAAUCUAUGAAACGAUGGGAGGUACCGAACUCGACGAACACAUUGGACACGUGCUUACUAUCCUUCAAAAGAAGUUGAACGCGGUGCUCGACAAGCUCUCCGCAGAAUUCGUUGCUACAUUGGAACCCCAUAUUCAUGAGCAAACAAUCAAACUGGGCAUGCUGCUGGUUAAGAUCAAGGGACCCCAACUGCAAAAGACGCAGGUCCAACCAGAAGCCGAUGCUGUUCUGGAACCUCUCAUGGAUCUUCUGGAAGGUUCGCUGAGACGAUAUGCAGAUCAGUGUGAAAAGACAGUGCUCAAGUACAUUCUCAAGGAGUUGUGGAAAAUAACAAUUGUGAAUAUGGAGAAGAGAGUUGUACUACCCCCUCUGUCAGAUAAGGCACUUCUCAAACAACUUCCAAAUGCAAAGAUCGGAGAUGUUACGAAGCUCAUGUCUACUAAUAUUCAAAGUAUCAAAGGAAUGAACUCUGUGAAGGAUAUGAUGGAUAUUGCUAGAGAAUCAGAGAAAUCGCUUACUCCGAAACAAUGCACGGUGCUGGAUUGUGCUUUGGAUGCUAUUAAAGACAGUUUCCAUGCGUCUGGAAAGGGUUUGAAGAAGUCGUUCUUCGAGAAAUCACCGGAACUUCAAUCCCUGAAAUAUGCUCUCAGUUUGUAUACACAGACAACCGAGCAAUUGAUCAAGACGUUUAUUACAAGCCAGAGACAACAAGGUAAGAGGAAGAAGAUCAAAGGUUUAUUGAUUUAUCGAUUUUUUGUAGAUCUUCCAAGUCAAGAACAACCAGUUGGAGAGGUCAGUGUACAAGUCGAUUUAUUCAGUCAUCCAGGAACUGGCGAGCAGAAAGUCACCGUUAAAAUCCUUGCUGCCAACGAUCUCCGCUGGCAAACGUCAUCAGCAUUCAAGCCAUUUGUCGAAGUCCAUCUCGUUGGACCACAUCUCUCGGACAAAAAACGCAAAUGUGCCACGAAGAGCAAACCUGGAAACUGGGCUCCGAAGUUUAAUGAAACGUUUCAUUUCUUCCUCGGAAAUGAAGGAGAACCUGAGCACUACGAGCUCAUGUUCCAAGUCAAGGACUACUGCUUCGCCCGUGAAGAUCGCAUCGUGGGUGUUGGUGUCCUUCAGUUGUCGGCUGUCGUUGAUCAAGCGGGAUCCUGCGCAAUGUGGGUACAACUCGGUACUCGUCUUCACAUCGACGAGACUGGUCUCAUCUUGUUGAGGAUUCUAUCGCAACGACAGACUGAUGAGGUCGCCAAAGAUUUCGUCCGCCUGAAAACCGAAUGCCGUUACGAGACGGAAACCGUGAUGGCCGCAUCGGCUUCCAGUCAAAACAUCAAUAGAACGUGA